AUGUCAAACGUCAAACCCUAUACCAUCUCAGUCUCUCAGGCGAAAAUCGAUCGCCUACAGCAAAAACUCGCUGUAAUUGACCUGCCAGACGAGCUCGAUGACGCUGGCUGGGAUUACGGCGCAUCUCUGCCCGAAGUCAAGAAAUUCAUCACUUACUGGCAAAACGACUAUGACUGGCGCAAACACGAAACAAAACUGAAUGAGCUGCCGAACCAUAUGACCGGCAUUGAAGUCGAUGGGUUCGGCGAGUCGCAAAUACACUUCCUCUAUCAGAAGAGUUCGGUCAAGAAUGCUGUUCCUCUUCUGUUCUGCCAUGGAUGGCCUGGAAACUUCACCGAGGUGUCGAAGGUGUUGCCAUUACUGGCUGAUACCAAAGACGAUGCGCCUGCUUUCCAUGUUGUCGCACCUUCACUUCCCAACUUUGGAUUCUCGCAAGGAGUCAAGAAGCGAGGAUUUGGGCUUGCGCAGUACGCAGAGGUGUGCCACAAGCUGAUGUUGAAGCUGGGCUACACACAGUAUGGUAAGCGUACCUUCGCCCUGGCGCGUCAUCAGGACACUGACACUGUGCAGNCAACUCAAGGCGGAGACUGGGGCUUCUGGAUCACGAGAACGAUGGGCCACCUCUACCCUGAAGCAUGCAAAGCUUCACAUGUCAACAUGACCCCACCAGCCAUGGACAAGGACCUUACUGCUGCCUUGAACGACAAGUCAUCAUUCAGCAAGCAAGAAUACCAAGCUCUACAGCGACUAGCCAAGUUCCGGGCAGACGGAGCCGGCUACAGCACCGAGCAAGGCACUCGACCCCAAACUCUGGGUUAUGGACUCCAAGACUCUCCAACUCUUUUGCUGUCCUGGAUUCUCGAGAAGCUCCACGAGUGGACUGACGACUAUCCCUGGACUCCCGACGAGAUCUUGACUUGGGUGUCUUUGUAUUGGUUCUCGACUGCUGGACCUGCAGCCAAUGUUCGCAUCUACUAUGAGGCCAAGCACGAUGCAAGAGGUGGUGAUGAUAUGAGUAUCAUGGCGGCGGCGACUGGUCAUGUUCCGCGUGUCAAGCUGGGCGUCAUGUACAACUGGAAAGACAUGGAGACGUCUCCAAAGGCAUGGGUGAGGGAGAUGGGACCGGUCGUGUUCGAGAGCGAUUAUGACACCGGUGGUCACUUUGCUGCUUGGGAGAAGCCUGAGCACUUGGCUAGAGACCUCAAGGACAUGUAUCGCAAGGGUGCGGAAGCUGCUGAGGGCUUGGGCGAUGCGAAUGGAUACGACGGUUGA